GAAUUCUGAAUAUUUUAUAAAUUUAAAAUGAAACAAACACUUUUGAGGAAUCUCUUGCUUCUUUUGAAUGUCCUUCUGCUUUGUGCAUCGCAGUGCCCCGAUCACAAACCGUUUGCUUCAGAUGCAGGUUGCGUUUCGGAUUGCUCUGAACCUUUUUAUAUCAGGAACAAGACGUGUGUGUUUGAUUGUGGGGUUGACUUUGUUGACGAAUCCCGACAGUGUGUUCUGUCUUGCCCAAACACCUAUGUGUAUCGUGAAACUUUAAAGGCUACAGGAACUGAUAUGUUCGUUGAAAAGAAGUGCAUACAUGCAUGCGACAACAAUGAGGUUAAUUUCAACAAUGAAUGUCUAAAACGCUGCCCAAAACAGCUGAUUCAUUUGACCUCGGAUGAAUAUCGGUGUGUUUCACAAUGUCCGCCGGAACAGCAAUACAUCCAAAACAUGACUGUUAAUGAUAUAGAGUACAAACAAUGUACUAAUAAAUGUGUGGCAUUUGUAAAUAAUGGCGUGUGUGUAUCAAGAUGUCCUUCGCAGACGGUGGAUUUGAACUAUGUGUGUAUGGAAAGUUGUCCACCGAAGUAUGUCGAGUCAGGUGGACACUGCUUCCAGGAAUGCAAUGAACUCUCAUUACAGUUGAUUUGUAAAUGCCCGAAAGAUAAACCUUUUAUUGAAGAUAAAGUGUGUAUUACCAACUGCGGUAUUGACACAUUCUCUUCAGACUCAUCAUUUUGUGGUGAAAAAUGUUUAAACAAUAUUACCAUAGCAAACAGUAGAUUUAUCAAGAAGUCUGAGUGUGCAGAGAUUCAAACCACGCUGAAUGUUCAAAAUCUGUUGGACACAAAGACAGGCUUUGACAACGAAGUGCAGGAAAGGAUGGAGGAGGCCUUGAGGAAGCCCACAAGAAAAGGACAGACGGAGGAGAAGGACGGCCUUUUAAAGAAAAAAAAGGAGAAGCUCCGCAUCAGAGGGUGA